AUGUCGACCCCCGCUCCCCCUCGUAUCAUCACCACCGACAUUGACGACAACACCCGGGAACCCACCGCAGCGGACUUCAACGCCCACCCAGCCGCUGUCGACCCAUCCAACCCCCACACCCACCUCGCUCCCGCACUUUCCCCUAUCGUCCCAUCCUCCCCAACCCUCACAAACAACUCGUCCGUGCACUUUGACGAGCCCAACUCUCCCGCCCAACCCACUACCCUCGCUCUCCGCGAUAACCACCCCACGGCUGCUUCCGGCGCAGAUACCCUCGGCGUCGGACACCCAGGCAGCGGGAACCUAGGCCACCGCCGCCUCUCGUCCGUCGGAACUUGGUCUUCUGCCGAGUUUGACGAUGAGGGCAAGCGGAACCCCGCAUGGCCUCCUUUGCCGGAGAAGGAGCGCAUCAUCGCAGAGAUGAACUGGCGCGAAAAGCGGGCGGAGAAGAAGCGGGCCAAAGUGGAGAUGAGCGAUGAGAAGAAGGCGGCGCUAGAGGAGGUCAAGAACCAAUCGGCACAUCUCGAUCCGGACAAUGACACCACGGACCCUGCGCCAUUCAAGGACAAGCCGUCCCGCCUCGCCAUGCUCGUCGACCCCAAGAGUCUUGCGGAUCUCGAAAAGAUUGGCGGGAUCCAAGGUGUUCUCGAGGGUCUCGGUGUGGACCCCUCCAAAGGGCUGGACGCCGGGAAAGGCGGUGCUGGAACGGGUACUGGCGCGCAGUGGACUGCAGAUGUGGCCAAGCGUCAGGAGGUUUAUGGGAAGAAUGAGCUCCCGACUCGCAAGAGCAAGAGCUUGUUCUACCUCAUGUGGAUGGCGCUCAAGGACAAGGUCUUGAUUCUUCUUCUCAUCGCUGCGGUCGUCUCGCUCGCCCUCGGUCUUUACCAAACUCUCGGUACCGGCGACCACUACGUCGAGUCCCCCGAAUGCCCUCCUCCAGGCUGUCUCGAGCCCAAGGUCGACUGGGUCGAGGGUGUCGCCAUCCUCGUCGCCGUCGCUAUCGUCGUCCUCGUCGGUUCGGUCAAUGAUUAUCAAAAGGAACUCCAAUUCAAAAACCUCAACGACAAGCGCGAGGACCGGACCAUGAAGGUCAUGCGUGGCGGUCGGGAGGAGGUUAUCAACACCAAGCAAGUCUGCGUCGGGGACAUCGCCAUGCUCGAGCCGGGAGAGAUCCUGCCCGUCGAUGGUAUUUUCCUCAGCGGUCACAAUGUCCGGUGCGACGAGUCGGGCGCUACCGGUGAAUCGGACGCUAUCCGCAAGUUCUCGUACGCCGAGUGCGUUGCCGAGCGGGAUGAAGCCAAGGAGGGGCAGAAGCUCAAGAAGGAUUGCUUCUUGGUUUCGGGCGGAAAGAUCCUGGAGGGUGUGGGACAGUACGUCGUCACGGCGGUCGGGAAGAACUCGUUCAACGGUCGUAUCCUCAUGGCUAUGCAGGGUGACGCCGAAAACACCCCUCUCCAGGUCAAGCUCAACCACCUCGCCGAGCUCAUCGCCAAGUGCGGUGCCGCGGCCGGUUCCAUCCUCUUUAUCGCCCUUAUGAUCCGGUUCUUUGUCGACCUCGGUCGGUACCCGGACCGUCUCGCCGAUGAAAAGGCCCAGCAAUUCAUCCAGAUCCUCAUCAUUUCGGUCACCCUCAUCGUCGUCGCUAUCCCGGAAGGUCUCCCCCUUGCCGUCACGCUCGCCCUCGCAUUCGCGACCAAGCGGAUGACCAAGCAAAACCUCCUCGUCCGUAUGCUUGGCUCGUGCGAGACCAUGGCCAACGCUACCGUUGUCUGUACCGACAAGACCGGUACGCUCACCCAAAACGUCAUGUCGGUCGUCGCUGGCUCUCUCGGCGUCCGGGGCAAAUUCGUCGCUGCCUUUGCGGACAAUGCGGACCGGUCCAACGCCAACGCUGUCGAGGGGCAAGAGGUCCGGUCGGACUUUGCGUUCGACAUGUCGGAGCUCAACCAGGUCGCUUCCCCCGCCCUCCAGUCCCUCUUCAACGACGCGAUCGCCAUCAACUCUACGGCGUUUGAGGAUGAAAAGGAGGGCGUGGUCGAGUUUGUCGGAUCCAAGACGGAGACGGCUCUCCUCCGGUUCGCCAAGGAGCUCGGAUGGCAGGACUACCGUAAAGCCCGCGAGAACGCCCAGGUCGUCCAGAUGAUCCCGUUCUCGUCCGAGCUCAAGGCUAUGGGCGUCGUCGUCAAGAUCGGGUCCAAGUACCGGCUCUACGCCAAGGGCGCCUCGGAAAUCCUCACCAAAAACUGUACCUCGCACGUCGUCCUCAAGUCCCGGGAGGAAGCGGCGGAGCACUCGUCCUCGGAUACCCUGAACGAGGUGGAGACUACCCGCUUCACCGAGGAGACGGAAGCCAACAUCCAAAAAACCAUCAUCUUUUACGCAUCCCAAACCCUCCGUACCCUCGCCAUGUGCUACCGCGACUUUGAGUCCUGGCCACCAAAGGGCUCCGAGGACCGCGCGGCCGACGACGUCCCCUUUGCGGCUAUCGCCAAGGACCUCACACUUAUCGCCAUCACGGGUAUCGAGGACCCUCUGCGCCCCGGUGUACGCAAGGCCGUCGAGGAAUGCCAGCACGCCGGUGUAUCCAUCAAAAUGUGCACGGGUGAUAACGUCCUCACGGCUCGGUCGAUCGCCAACCAGUGCGGUAUCUUUACUACGGGCGGUAUCAUCAUGGAGGGACCGGUCUUCCGGAAGCUCAAUGAUGCGGAGCGGCUCGAGGUCGUCCCCCGGCUCCAGAUCCUCGCGCGAUCAUCCCCAGAGGACAAGCGGUUGCUCGUCAAGACCCUCAAGGGGAUGGGCGAGGUCGUCGGUGUCACCGGAGACGGAACCAACGACGGGCCGGCACUCAAGCUUGCCAAUGUUGGUUUCUCGAUGGGUAUUGCGGGCACGGAGGUCGCCAAGGAGGCGUCGGAUAUAAUCAUCAUGGACGAUGCCUUCCCCAACAUUGUGCUUGCCAUCAUGUGGGGACGGUGUGUCAAUGACUCGGUCCGCAAGUUCUUGCAAUUCCAAAUCUCCGUCAACAUCGUCGCCGUUAUCGUCACCUUUGUCUCUGCCCUCGCGUCCGACAACGAAAGCGCCAUCCUCACGCCCGUCCAGCUCCUCUGGGUCAACUUGAUCAUGGACACUUUCGCGGCCCUCGCACUCGCUACCGACCCUGCCACUCGCUCGUCGCUCGACCGCAAGCCCGAUAGGCUCACUGCGCCCCUUAUCAAUGUGGACAUGGUCAAGAUGAUCAUCUGCCAGGCGCUGUACCAGACCAUCGUCUGCUUUGUGCUGUACUGGGCGGGAUUGAGGAUUUUGGGGCUGGACGAGACUAUCGCAUCUAGGGCGGAGCUGUCGACGUUGAUCUUCAACUGCUUUGUCUUCUGUCAAAUCUUCAAUCAAAUCAACUGCCGUCGUCUCGACCGGAAAUACAACGUCUUUGAGGGCUUCUUCCGCAACUACUACUUUAUGGUCAUCUUCGCCAUCAUGUGCGGCGGUCAAGCCAUCAUCGUCGAGGUCGGCGGCGCGGCCUUCCAGGUCGUCGGUCUCAACGGCCGAGACUGGGCCAUCUCGAUCGUCGUCGGACUCAUCUCGUUCCCUAUCGGCGCGCUCGUCCGCACACUCCCCACCGAACCCUUCUACCGCUUCCUCAUCCGCAUGAAGGUUUACACCGACCCCGCCCUCCUCCCCCUCACGACAGAUGUCGACGACGUCUCGGUCGACGAGAAGAAUGGUGGUGUCGAGUACAACCCGGCCCUCUCCAAGAUCAAGGACAAUCUCAACACGUUUGCCAAUAUCCGCGGUGGACGGAUCAACGCCUCGGCCAUCGUCCGCCGCUCGCGUACCGCCAAGCUCAGGAAGGCGGACAUUCAGCUGCCCAGUAUCCUCACCAUGGUACCUACGCUUAUUGCGGGUACGAUCGCGGCGGGGCCUAAUUGGGCCCAGCCGGUCUUUCCCCGAGAGGCGUUUGGGAACCCGGCGCAGGAUCCGUCAAGGUCCACGGCGGAGCUAUUCUCGGGCAAGGUCCAGAUGCACCCGGAUACGGAUCCGAAUGAUCCGUUGAUCAAGAAGUACGGGAUCAAGCGGGGAGAGUAG